UUUACUUCUGCAUAGCAAAGGGGAAAGGGCUGUCACAGUGAGAGACAGACGAAAGAGGCAGAGAGAGACUUGAAGACACACAGAGAUUGUUGCAAAAAAAGCAUUUACUGGUUGAAGCUGUAAGUAGCAGAGAGACUGAAGAUAUUUAAGGGAGAACUCUGGACACAUGUCAAAAGAAAGAAGACACAGACUGUAAGUUACUGAAAUGAAAGAAACCGUGUCUCUGGGAGUGCUGAAGGUAAUUACUGAGAGAAGGAGAAAAGCAGCAUUUCAAGAAACUGGAUCAGCAGGGGAGACAAACACAUUUGAUUUGCGUAUGUAAAUACAACAACAUAAAUCUAUAAAGAAACACUGAAAACACAUAAACAGAAGCUUCUUAAGAGUUAUACAUAUCCUAUAUAUAAGAGACUAAUAUAAAACACAGCAAGAGCAAGUAAGGCACACAGAGCUGACAUACAGGAAGGGAGAGGCAGAGAUCAAGGCUGAGUCACCAGCGGAGAUAUAAACUGUUUGUGUUCAACCAUCAACAUGCUGGAUUGUAUUGGUCUCAUUAACUGAGGAGACACUAUGAGUUCUGUAUGGAAGAGACUGCAGCGGACUGGAAAGAGAGCAUCACGUUUCCAGUUUGUGGCCUCUUAUCAGGAAUUAAAAUUAGAGUGCACGCAGAAAUGGCAACCUGAUAAAGUGGUGGUUGUGUGGACUAGAAGAAACAGAAGGGUCUGCUCCAAGCCUCACAGCUGGCAACCUGGGAUAAAGGACCCAUUUCGUGGAUCUGUUGUUUGGGCUGUUCCUGAAAAUGUGGACAUUACUGCAACCUUAUAUAGAGACCCGCACACAGAAUAUUUUGAGGAGAAGGAGUGGACAUUCCAGAUUGAAGGGGAAUCCCGUGGACACAAAAAGCUUCUUGCAGCAGCCCCCAUUGAUCUCCGCAAGUUUGCUUCCAUAUCUGCUGCCCCUAGGGAGGUGAUACUUCCACUUUCUCCUCGUUCUGUCAAGGUUGUGUCAGCGACACUCGUUGUCAGCAUUGCCAGUUCUUUAAUAAGAGAGGGCAAAGCUACAGAUGAUGACAUGCAGAGUAUUGCUAGCCUCCUGAGUCUUAAACCAUCUGACAUUGCUGAUAUGGAGGACUUCAAUGAGGAGGAUGAGGAAGAGAAGUCUCGGCAAAUCAGAUCCCCUACUGGGACAGGAAUGCGAGGAUAUCUUAAAGGCAUCCAUACUGAUUACUUCCCAGACCCUGUCAGAGAACUAAACACUCUUGCGGAGGAAGAAGAUGAAAGUCCUAUUAACACAACAAACUUUGCUUCUCAAACUACUACAAAAUCUCCUUCUAAUGUCUACCAGUCUUCAAACAAUGUUAUUCCCCCAAGAAGACCACAAGAGUUUAAUCCUGUUCCACUCGAUAAAUCCAACAAUAGUGUUACUAACUUUAAGGGGGGAGAACAAGCUAGGAGAACCACUGAAAAGUCACCAACAUGUGGCCUAGCAACGGAUCAAGAAAGAAGGUCUAAUGAGGUAUGGAAGAUCCGAGAGGUCAACCCUAUUACUUGUGUCAAAGACACAACCAAGAAGGAGCCUGUCAUAGUGCACGGGGAAGGGUGGAGAAAGAGUGGGGAAGUGGAGGACCUGCAAGAGAGGAAGUCAGGAACAGUUAGGGUUCCUGAGGCUGCAGUAAGAAUGAAAAAAGCUAAGGAUAUAGAGAUGAUGCAGGAGACAAAACCUAAGACAGAUGUAACUCAAGCGACAACACAAAAACCAGAGGUAGCAAGAAGGGAAAAGAAAGCAGCAGCACUGAGAACAAUGGAAAAUAUAGCAGUUAAAGAUCCAGAGUUACAUUAUAUUCCCGAGACUACAGCAAAGGCACACGAAGUUGUGGAAAUACAGAAAGUUCCAGAAACAACCUUGAAAGCAUGUGAGAAAUUAGAGGAAAUAAUUAAUAUUCCAGACAGGAAACUCCAGCCAAAUACAGUUAUGGAAACAACAGAAAUAGAUCAUACGUUUUCAUAUGAAGUUGCAAACUUACAAAUGGGUAGAGACAUGGAAUUGCCACAUAAUGUAGAUCAAAGCACAGACAUGAUAUCUCAGAUUCCAAAUGUUGCAGACCAAGUAACUCUUAGAGAUAAAGAAAGGUCACAGCAGCUUCAUGAAAGAGUUUUACUUAUUACAGGGGAGCAAGUAGCAAAAGAAAAAGAGCAGUCAUCUUCCAAGACAGAGGAGGUUGUUUUAGAAAUUGCAGAAAAAGAACGGAAGAAAAUAUUAGAGGAGACAGUUGUAAAUUCACAAGAGAGUUUGCUUCAUAGUAUAAAAGAAGCGGUAAAUAAAUCAGUGGAUCAAAUAGCAUCUAAGCCACAAGAUUUGGCUUUAGCAAUUACAGAAGACCGAGGGGCUGAAAUACCAGAUCAGACAAUUUCUAAUACAAUGCAAACUGUAUCACAAACAAUAGUAGAGCAAGAACAGAAAAUAUACUGCACUGAGGGAGGUGUGUUAAAGAUUAUAGAAGUACAAGGUACAAAAAAACAAGAGCAGGAAAGUUUGUUGGAUAUUAAAGAUGUCAGUGAACAUCGCAAUGUAAACACAUCUGACUCCCAGAGCGAUUUCACAUUGUAUGAGACAGUACAGAAAAGUGAUCUUUUUGAUGCAAAGGUUAAAAAACCUGCAGAAAAUACACAGGGUGGGCAAAUAGAAUCUAAGCAAGAAGAUGAAAAAACAGAAGAGGAAGAAUGGGACAAAGAAAAGGCAAAAUAUACUAAAUCUGAAGUCAAAAUGAGUGAACAGAUAGAGAACAGAAGAUCAGAUAAGGAUAAACAGAAAGAAGAACAUAUUGCGAAAGAAACAACAACAAGCUGCACCGAAGAGACAGUUCCAGAAAGUCUGCAAAAAGCACCAAUGAAUGAAAAUAAAGGAAAUGAAGAAAAGAGGGUACAUGAAAAUAUUAUUUAUACUGAUCAAAGGCUGCCUAGCACAGAACUCUGGGUAGUGAGUGUGGAUGAAAAGAGAAUUCUAGAUAUGACUUCAUUGUUAGAUAAUAAGAAAGAAAGAGUAAUACAUGAAAAUGAUUUGGUACCACAGGAAAAAGAAAUACAGCUAGAUUCUGAAAUUAUAGUAGGAAGUAAAACAGAAGCUGCUGUUGGGACUGAAGAUACACUAGCAUUAGGUAAAAAAGAAGAGGGAGAACAAGUAAAGAAUGAGACUAAACUGCAGGAGCUUACAUUUAAAGAUGAAAAUAAUGUGGAGCCAGUGCUAGAUAAUAUGGAGGUAAGGGUAAUAAGUGAAAAUGCUUUGGUGCCCCAGGAAAAACAAAUACAGCUAGAAUCUGAAUUAACUGUAGAGAGAAACAUAGAAGCUGCACUUGGUACAGUAUUUAGAUCAGAACUAGAUAACAAAGAAGAGGGAGAGCAAGUAAAGGAAGAGAUGAGACUACAAGAUCUUACAUUUGAGGAUAAAAAUAGUGUAGAGACAGUUUUUAUAAAGGAAACAUCACCAAUUGAGAAUGAAAGGAAAGUAGAAGUAGAGAGUGAAAUAGAAACUGUACUUAGACCUGUAAUUACAUUAGAAUUAGAAAACAAAGAAGAGGGAGAACAAGUAAAGGAAAAGAUGAGACUUCAAGAGCUUACAAGUGUGGAUAACAUGGAGACAGUACUAGAAAAUAAGACGGAAAGAGUAAUAAGUGAUAAUGCUUUGGUGCCCUUGGAAAAAGAAAAACAGAUAGAAUCUAAAUUGAAAGUAGAAAGCAAAAUAGAAGCUGAUCUUGGAACUUUAACUACAUUAGAAUUAGAUUACAAAGGAGGAGGAGAACAAGUAAAGGAAGAGAUGAGACUACAAGAUCUUAGGAAUGACGAUGAAAAUAAUGUGGAGACAGUGCUAGAUAACAAUGAGAAGAGGGUAAUAAGUGAAGAUGCUUUGGUGUCCCAGGAAAAAGAAAUACAGUUUGAAUCUGAUAUAAAAAUAGUGGAGAGUAAGAUAGAAGCUGCUCUUAGUCCGGUAAUUGCAUUAGAAUUAGAUAACAAAGGAGAGGAAGAACAAGUAAAGGAAAAGAUGAGACUGCAAGAGCUUAUGAAUGAGGAUGAAAGUAAUGUGGAGACAGUACUAGGUAAUAAGGAGGUAAGGAUAUUAAGUGAAAAUGCUUUGGUGCCCCAGUUAAAAGAAAUACAGCUAGAAUCUGAAAUACUUGUAGAGAGAAACAUAGAAGCUGCACUUGGUACUGUAUUUAGAUCAGAACUAGAUAACAAAGAAGAGGGAGAGCAAGUAAAGGAAGAGAUGAGACUACAAGAUAAUACAUUUGAGGGUGAAAAUAGUGUAGAGACAGUUUUUAUAAAGGAAACAUCACCAAUUGAGAAUGAAAGGAAAGUACACUGCAAAGAAAUAACAGAAGAGGUAACACAUAUUGCAGAUACAGAUUUAGUAAAAUAUACACUACACAAUGAGGAAAAAGUCACAGAAGAUAAGAAAGCAGUAGAGAGAAAUAGCUUACAAUACGCAGCUAAGACAGAAAAGAGUGUGACAGAAGUAGCCAAAGCAUCCUCAUCCAUAGCCUGUAAAGAAGUGUCCUAUAAACAACUGCAAGUAGACUCAGAGACUGAACAUAGGUCAAAGGAUACUGAACUGGAAAUAGACAACAACAGAUAUAAAUCUAAUGAAAACACUAUGGAGGUAAAUAGGUUGCAAGAUAUCAAUGAUAUAAUAAAAAGAGUGGAAUGCACAGCAGAUGAGACAGCUAACGGAAUACAGGAAAAAGUAAAUACAACACAGGUAGUAUUCUCUGCAGAAAAUACAAUGAAGAAUAAUAACCAGAAAAAUGUAACAGUCUGCAAAGACGACAAUGUAUUGGAGACAGAAAAAGAGAGAGCACAAGAAAAAGAGAGAGUGCCAGAGGGGGUAAGAGAUCAGGAGAUAACUGUACAAACAGUGGAAAUGUGCAACCUUUCAAGCAAAGCAUUUCCACCUUUAUUCACCACCCGUGAAACCCUUUCUCCUGACCCCUCAAGCUCUAGUGUGUCAGGGGCUGAGAGAGGGUCAACCCACAUGUUAUCAAUGCGCAGCUUCUCCAUGUCCCCCCCAUCGACCCUUGGACAACAGAGGAGUGCAGAAAAGAAGAGACUGAGCCAGUGCGCAGGGCAAUUGGGGGAGGUGGUAUACAGCAGUACUGAUACACUGCUACACUGGUGUCAAGAAGUGACUGGAGGAUACCGUGGUGUGCGUGUCAACAAUUUUACAACAUCCUGGAGAAAUGGAUUGGCAUUCUGUGCAAUUCUUCAUCACUUCCAUCCUGAAUUCAUAAACUAUGAUGUUCUGGAUCCAUUAAAUAUUAAGGAAAACAAUAAGAAAGCCUUUGAUGGCUUUGCUGGUCUUGGAAUCCCUGCCCUUCUGUGCCCUACAGAUAUGCUUCUUCGUCCUAUUCCUGACAAACUCAUCAUCCUUACAUAUCUCUGCCAAAUACGUGACCAUUUCAUUUCUCAGAAACGUGAGGUCACUGAUACCCAAGUGACUGAAGCUGAAUUUUUCAGUUCUAAAGAGAAAAGUAUGGCAAGCACCACCACAGAGGAGACAAAAAUUCAGAAAUCAACUGUUGCAAAAAGUAUUUCACCAGAGGACUUAAAUGCAAAUAUUUCACCUGGUCUAAAAAAGCUGAUUACAAAAUCUCCUAAAGUUGAAAAACAAGAAAAAUCAAGCUUGGAUCGUGAGGAUAAGGUCAAUGUUUCCACUUUGGAAGAAAAAGAAAAGCAAAGGUUUUCCUUCACAGAGCAAAAAAUGCCAGGCUCUGGAAAAGACAAGCAAGGCCCUAGCUCUGGGGACAAAAGUAAACCCAAAGAAACUUCACAAGAUCUUACAAUAAAUGACGAGCACAAGACUGCUAAUCAAACAUCACCGAAACAUGAGGCACAAAGUUCAUCAACUAAUGAUGCUGUAAUCCCACCACCUCGAAUCAAAAAAAGACUGAGUGUAAAUGGAGGAUCGAAUGAGUGUGAUUCGAACUUGGAACAGGUAGAUGCCAGUGUUUCUUCUUCUUCUACUCCAGUUCCUCCUCCAAGAAAAGGAGGAGGUCUGGGUCACCUUCGUGAUGCAGACCUUGUCAAGAAGAGGCGUUCUCUUAUACGCACUCAGUCACUUUCAGAGGAAGUGGAUAUCACGCAAAAAAGCCAUGAGACUGAUUCUAGACCCUCAUCUGAAAUUAUAAAUGAGACACCUCCUUCUAUGCACACAACUUCUGUUCCCUCUUCAGUCCCUACCACAGAGGUUAAAGUGAAAGAGGAAGAGACUCCAAGUCUCAGAGACACCAGCCAAUAUGUUACAUCUGAACUUGCUGCAUUAGAGCUUGAACAGAGAAAUGUUGAUGAAAGGGCUUCAGUGGUAGAAAAAGAUCUCCGUUCUCUAAUGGAGAAUGGUUCAGAUAAAGAGGCAGAGGAAACUCUGAUUCAGGAAUGGUUCUCACUAGUAAAUCGAAGGAAUGCAUUGAUCCGCAGGCAGGAUGAGCUACAGCUGCUUGUAGAAGAGCAGGAUCUGGAAAGGAGAUUUGAGCUCCUGAGCAGAGACCUCCGAGGGCUAUUAUGUAUUGAGGAAUUUAUGAAGAGUGAAGCUCAAAAGAAAAGAGAGAAGCUCUUACUGGAUGAGUUGGUGUCUCUUGUAAACCAACGUGAUGGUCUUGUAAGGGAUUUGCAUUUCAAAGGGAUCAGGGCUUUUGAGGAGGAUGAAAGAAUUGAGAGAAGUCUGGAGCAAAGGAGGAGAAAGUUAAGCAAAAAGGAGAAAUGUCGGAUCAGCUGAGUCUUCCAAGAAAAAUGAAGCGCCAUUGCUGGAAUAAAGCUUCUUCAUCGUAUUUAAGCUGCACUGCGCAGAAUCCAACUAAAUUAACUUCACUUGAAGCUGAAUGCAAAUUACACAGAUAAAAUGAUCUUCCCAUCGCACCAGUACUGACGAUGCAAAAAAAAAUUUAAACUGCUUCAGCUACUUUCAAAUAGCUGUGAACUUGAUGAGAUCUUUGACAGAAGGAUGGUGAGAAGCAAAAUCCUCUUCUAAAUAUUACUCAGGCUUUAUGUUCUUCCACUUGCUGCUAAGGUCAUAGUAAUGAUCUAUAUUAAUUAUUCAAAUGUGUUUUUUUGCAUGAAUAGGUUAUCUUUGCAAGUAUUAUAAGCAAUUAUCUUAUUUCAUAGAAUUGUUUUUGUAAUUUGUGAUUUUUUUGAUUAAGGUUAUAUCCUUUUAAAUAGUGACAGAUUCCAGCUAAAGUCUAUGCAUUGCAUUCAUAGGUAUAUUCCAGAUCUGCUCAAAUUAUCUUCAAUGAUAAUAAAUGUCAUGGACAACUCAUGGAUCUGGAAAAUAAUUAAUUGCUUCUUUGUAUCAAUAAACAGUACUAUACUGUAUGUCCUUGUAAAAAUUUUGAGCUUAUUGCUGCCUAUUGGAAACCAGAUUGGCAUCAACAACAUUUACUAGAAAUUGUAUAAUGAACCUUUCUACAUGUCACUGCCCCUGUUUAGGGUGUUCGCCAUUAGCAAGGCAAUUAAAAGCACUGCAUAUAGGUGUUGGUGGUAUAUAAAUAAAUAAAAGUAAUAAUUUAUAAUGGGCCUAAUCUGGCCCCAUAUUUUUAUAAAAAGAAUACAAAUUUGUAUAUCCUUCAGGCAUAACUCUUUUGAGUAAAAGCACCUGUAUGCUACUCAGCAGGCCCAGAAUUUUCAUAUAUAUUCAGCAAACGCACCUUUCUAUGAAUUGUAUAGUUCAUAUAAAUAUUUUUGUUCAACCCAUAAUUCAUUUUCUAGAAUAUAGUUGGUAGUCUUCUCUUGUUUACAAUGUAUUACUCUUCGCAGUACUUCCUGUCACCAGGUUUUUUAAAGGAUGGUAUUGUAGCACACAAACUAAGGAAUUUUAUACAGGCCAUAAAAUGAACAUACUCAUAGAAGGCACAUUCUUCAUAAUAUAUAUUUAAUAAGGAUGUUUAGACUGUUUUGAUCAUUUUGGGAUCAUUUCCUGCGUCUCCAACAAGAUCCUCCUUAUACACAAAAUUUUCACACUGGUUUUUAAAUAUUAACAUCCUUAUUAAAGAACACUAAUGGCAUUACGUAUGGUUAAAAGUAUGCUUAUAUAUGCAGUCAUCAGUCGCUUCAUAUUUAUAUUAUGAAGAUAAUUGUUGUUACCUAUUCUAAUGCCCCACCAAAGCUCACUCUUGUCUUGGCCUAGCGCUGACAAACCUAACUAUAGUGCCAUUUGCUCCCCAGUGACAUUACAACAUUGUCAACUAUGUCGAUUGCAUGUGGAUCAUUCAGCAGGAAGUAAAGCACUUUGGCUGCUAAAUAUAGAAAAUACAGCUGCUGAUAUAUACAGUUCAAUAAAAUUACACAAUAAAGUUAAGUUUUGCAGAUUCAAUUAUUUACAUAUGUUAAUAUUGACUUCCUUUUAUACACAAUAUUUGCCUGAUAUUCCAAAAAAAGUGUCUUAAAUGCAACUCAUUUAUUUAUUAAUUGAUUCCAUCUAUGACAUGCAAAUAUACAUUUUGAGGAAUUCAACUUUUUAAAGAGUAAUGCUUUGCCUGAAUAGCUUAUGUUCUAUAAACCUGAUGUGCCUAUGAUGAGUCUCUAGAAUAUGCCUGUGAUUAGCAAAGAGCUUUGGUCCUUCUAUUUCCACAGUUUUGCUGCCUGUAGCCACAGUACUGGAUGUGGCUUGCACUCAUUUAUGUGUACUAGCUAGAAUGGAAUGCACGCAGAAGCCUUUUUUUGUAGCAUUGUGUUUCACUUUUACUGUCACGGUACGAAACAAAUUCUGGGAAUUUAUUGUGAUAUUGUUGCUUUGCUUGAAGUGUUAAAUAAAAUGUGCCAUUGAUCAUG